UGAACUACCAAGCCUGCGGGUAUCAAACUCGUGUGUAACGUGUACCUUGCCAUGUAUCAAAUUGUUAUCACUGACGGAUGAACCUGCCCCACUGAUAUAUAAUCAAAUACUGACUAUAUCAGUGACCUGCCCACAUUUCAACAGUCGAACUCGCAAGAAUCGAAUGACGGCUACUUCGCCGCUACUUGUGCCUUGUGCUUACAGCUGAUUUCGAGGGAUAAUUCGUGCUUAUUUCUAAGAAUGUUUUGAUGUUUAGUUCAGUCAGUUGUAAUUUCAAGUCUACUAAAAGAGUUUAAAUUGGUCUUGUAUGCAGCGUUGUUAGUUGAUAGCACGGUGACAGUUCAUUCAAGGUGGAAGAAUACCUGGUCGGUAUUUUGAAAACAUUUUGACAGUUGUGGUCGUGUCAAAGAAAGACGCUGCAGCCAUGAUGGACGGCAUAUGUGACGCGAAUGAAAUACUUAAUAGCGCACCGCCAAAAAAGACGGUUCACGCAGACACCAUCGACUUAUCGGAUAAAUCUCUUCAAGUUGACAUCUCCGAUGCUCUUAGCGAAAAAGAUAAGGUCAAGUUUACGGUUCAUACCAAAACAACGUUGCCCGAAUUCCAGAAGCCUGAACUCCUGGUUGUCAGACAACAUGAGGAGUUUGUGUGGCUCCAUGAUCGAUUUGAAGAAAAUGAAGAAUAUGCCGGAUACAUCAUUCCACCAGUGCCCCCAAGGCCGGACUUUGAUGCUUCGAGAGAAAAACUCCAAAAACUCGGAGAGGGUGAGGGAACCAUGACCAGAGAAGAGUUCACCAAAAUGAAACAGGAGUUAGAGGCUGAGUAUUUGGCUACUUUCAAAAAAACGGUAGCCAUGCAUGAAAUGUUUCUCACUCGACUGGCUCAUCACCCGGUAUUUCGGAACGACCACAAUCUCAGAGUGUUUCUUGAGUAUGAUCAGGAUCUUUGCGUGCGAGGAAAAAAUAAGAUGGAGAUGUUUGGUGGGCUUGUUAAAUCUUUCUCCAAAACAACUGACGAAUAUUAUCUCUCUGCAACUGUUAAGGACGUAAAUGAUUUCUUUGAUCAAGAAAUGACAUUUUUGCAACAGUACCAUCAAAAUUUGAAAGAAUCUACUAGCAGAGCUGAUCGCCAAACAGCAAAACAUAAAGAUGUCGCAGAUUCCUAUAUCAAAAUAUCCACCAAUCUUCUUCAGCUGGCUACUACGGAUAAUGGCAAGCUUGAAAGGUUUCUAACGAAAAUCGCGGAGACUCUUGAAAAACUCAGGAAAGUAGAAGGUAGAGUAGCGUCAGAUGAGGAUUUGAAACUCUCAGACACACUACGAUAUUACAUGAGAGAUACAGCAGCUGCAAAACGCCUGCUAUUCAGGAGGUUGAAAGCUCUACAUGCAUAUGAGACUGCAAAUCGUACGUUAGAAAAAGCCCGUGCUAAAAAUAAGGAUGUCCAUGCAGCACUGGAAGUGGCAGAGGCGGAGCAGUCUCAGACAGAGGCGUGCGAAAAGUUUGAGCAAAUGUCUGAGAAAGGAAAGGAAGAACUCAUGGAUUUUAAGACCAGACGCGUUGCCGCAUUUAGAAAGAAUUUAAUUGAAUUAACGGAGCUGGAAAUCAAACACGCCAAAGCUCAUGCUGAACUGCUCAAAAAGUGUUUGACGAACCUGCGAGAAGAGUGAAUCCAACGAACAGUAAAGCGAUACUAAUUGAUAUAAAAAUACAUUCUAUACAUAAACCAUAUAAACAAAUUAUUAUAAUAUAAUGAUUAAUAGUUAUGUAAAAUAUAUUUUUUGUUAUCACUAUCUUUACCAAGAUACCCGUAUAAUAAACGUCAAACGUUGUAUCAAAAUGCUGCAAAAA